AUGGCUGCUUCGAAGCAGCUCCAGGCGCUCCUAGCGAUGCCAGCGUCUUUACGGCCAGUCAUGCUCGGCGCAUCUGCGCAGCUACGCCUGACUCCGACCCGUCUAUUCUCGACAUCUACCGUAUACCAUGCGACACCGAAGUAUCCCAACGUGGCCGCUCUCCUGGUUCCCGAGUUCCGAACAUCACCACUCGCCGAGAUCUCGCCCGACGAGCUCUUCAAAUCCUCGUCUCUGUCCUCCGCCCCCAACAAGCCCGUCGAAGACGAGCUGACGAAGCUGUUCACCAAGGUCCCGGCCGUCUUCGCCCACGCGGGCUCCGACUUCUACCAGCUCAAGAAGAACACGCGCAUACCCGAAGUUUGUAUCCUCGGACGCUCGAAUGUGGGAAAGUCCUCUUUCGUCAAUGCGCUUGCGAACCGACAGAGCAAUAGUCUGGCCUGGGUGAGUAGCAAGGCGGGACGCACGCGUUCGAUCAACACGUAUGGGUUUGGCCCGCCGCCGUCCAUGAAGGCCCUCAAAGGCCAGGCUGCCGAGUUCAAGGGCAAGGAGGAUAUACCGAACCACACGUUUCAUCUGGUGGACAUGCCCGGAUACGGUCACGCGUCAUUGAAAGAAUGGGGACGGAAUAUCGCGCUGUACCUGAAUAAGAGGAACGGUGUGCAGGGGGCGAUUGUCUUGAUAGAUGCCGAGGUCGGGCCCAAGGAUUCGGAUUUCCAUUUGCUCGAGCUUCUCAGUCGCGCUGACUUGCGGACCGCCAUCGUGCUCACCAAAGCCGACAAAGUCAAGAGUGGGCUUGAGGGGAUGCGCAAGACGUGCGAGAAGCUGUGGGAUGGUAUUCGCGACAUCGAGAACAGGCUUACCGAGACAAGAUGGGGUUGGGAGAGAGAUAUAUUCGUGACUGCUGUCGGGGCAAGGGAUCAUGCUGUUGUCAGCUCGACGGUGACUACGGCAAGGUUGGCCGUGGCUCGUCUAGCUGGUCUGGUGAAAGAUGAUCGGCCAGCUGUUGCAGAAAGGGAUCGGAAGUGGUCUGGUAAGAUCAUUUCAUUUGACGAUUUGGAGUAUGCUCCCAGUAAGGUCACGGCCGCCCCAGCACAGGAUACCGAAUCCAUGGAAACCUCGGCCAGCAGUCAUGCCUCUAAGGUUGCAGAGAACUCCAUCACAGCGAGCUCUAGCUUCGCCGAGCUUGAACAGGCUUCAAAGGUCAACGGCCGUGGAGCCACCAGGCCGCGCAUCAACACAGCCUUCAGCAACGACAGCUGGAACAACACCCCUCGAGCCCACGCUCGAGCCUUCCACACGACAACCACAUUACCACGCGCAGGAGAUCGACGCGGCGCCGACGAGCUCCUACCCCGCGGAAGACAAAGCCAACCCGGCCACGAGGAGUUCCAACGUAUCCUCAGCGAGUUCGUAUCCGGACUAACGACGAUGCCCGGGCCCAAGGACGAACUGCGCCGAAUGCAGCAAGCGCGCGAGCGUCGGUCCACCACGAGCACAACAGACAAAAAGAGCAACAGCAACAGCCUACAGAAGCUCGACCAGCGGCAGGCGCAACAGCUACGCAAGAGGUUUCCCGAGCAGGCGGCGCGGACGCAGGCCGUGCACGAGAGGCGGCUCACGCGCGAACAGGAGAAGCAGCAACGGCGGCGAGAGUCGGUCGAUCUUGAUGCCGAGUGGCCGGCUGAUACGCCGCCGAGAGGCGGUGGCGGUAAGAGGGCAAAGGGGAUGAGCGAGGUGGUUGAUGCGGAUGUGUUUAAUGACGCCUUUGAUGGGUCGUCUGGGCUUGGGGGCAAAGUGAAAAUUGGAAGCAAAGGUGGCCAGACGAAGGCGGGCAAGAAGGCGGCUAAGCAGCGGGAGGCUUUGGAUCCGUUUGAGGCACAGUUUGCGCAGCGGACGGGUGGUGAUAAGGGACAUGGAGGUGGCGCUAUCUUUUGA